AUGGCAGCCCCGGCGGCGCGCCUCGACGCGCUGCUCGCGGCGCUCGACGGCGCCGAGGACCUCGGCGGCGCGCAGCCGCUCGCGGAGCUCGUCGAGGAGUGCGACGCGUCCAAGGCGAGCGCGAAGCACGUCGGCGCGCGGCCCGAGGCCGUGGACCUCUGCGCGCGGUGCCUCGCGUGCCCGGCGACGGACGACGAGCGCGGCCCCGCGCACCUCGGCGCCGUCCUCGUCAAGGUCGUCGCGAAGCGGUCGCCGCGGUUCCGGUCCGCCGUCGCCGCGCGCGACGACGUGCUCUUCCGCCUCGUGCGGCUCGCGCGGGAGCAUGGGGCCAUCGCCGAGCGGGCCGUCUGGGCCCUGGCGAACGUGUGCUUGGACUGCCCAAGAGCAAAAGACAGAGUGCCGGCGCUCGGCGGCCUCCGCGCGGCCGUCGACUGCUGCGGCGCGGAUCGCGACGCGGGCGCGCGCGAGCGCGGCGCGCAGGCCGUCGACGCGCUCUGCGCGGCCCACGGGGCGAACCAGGAGCGCGUCUGCCUCGAGGGCGGCGCGCCGCCCCUGUUGGCCCUCUUACGGGACCCGAAGGCGACGGGCAACGGCCGGCUCCGCGCGGCGUUCGCGACGUACCGCCUCGCGUCGAACGCGGCGAACGCCGCGGCGCUCCUCGACGCCGGGGCCCACGUCGCCCUCGGCGCGGCGCUCGAGGACCACGUCGCGAACGGCGUCGACUCGCCGCGGGGUUUGGGCCACGAGGACGGCGCCGUCGCGGCCGCGGCCGCGCUCGCGCUUUUGCCCAAGGGCGGCCACGGCGCGAAGAACGCCGUGCUCACGGUGGCCCAGGCGGACCUCUGCGCGCGCGUCGUCGCCAAGGCGCUCACGGACAAGGCCGAGGACGACGCCGCGGGCCGCGCGAUGCGGCUCCGCGACUUCACGAUCGCCGCGCGCGCGCUCGCGGGCCACGUGGGCCCGCGCGAGGCCGCGAAGCUCGCGACGGCCCUCGCGGACCCGCUCGUCGCGUGCCUCGCCAAGGACGCGUGGACCGCGCGGGGCGCCGGCGGCGAGGAGAGCGGCGCGUACCGCGCGCUGUGUUUAGGGGACGCGGCGGGCGCGGUGCUCCAGCUCGCGUGCGGCGGCGGGGCCUGCGUCGCGACGCUGCGGGCCGCGGGCGCCGUCGAGGCGCUGGAGCGCGUCGGCGGCGCGGACCGGAGCGACGGCCGCCUCGCGGACGCCGUCGACGGCGCGCUCCACCACCUGCGGGGCGGCGGCGACGACGCCGGCGCCGCGGCGCUCGGCGACUCGAAGAAGUACCACCUCUUCAUCAGCCACAAGCAGAGCGACGCCAAGGACUUUGCGCGCGCGCUCCACACGAUGUUCACGCUCCGCGGGCUCCACGCGUUCAUCGACAUGGAGUACGCGGGCGACCUCGGCACGCUCGAGGAUAUAGUGAGGGCCAGCGUCGUCCUCGUCUUCAUCCUGAGCGACUACGUCCUGGACAGCCCCUGGUGCGUGUCCGAGCUGAGCGCCGCCGUCGCGCACGGCGUGCCCGUCGUCGUCGUCAAGAAGGAGGGCAGCCGCUGGCGCGACCCGGAGGCGCCCGAGUCGACGGCGCGGUGCCUGAAUUUUCCGAGCUACGCCGAGCUCGCGAAGCUGCCGCCGGCCGCGCGCGACGUCUUCCAGAUCAAGACCGUGGAGCACAGCGACGUCUACUACGCGUCCUUCAUCGACAAGCUCUUCGAGCGCCUCGCCGAGGCCGGCGUCGCCGACGGCGGCGGCGGCGGCGACGAGCCGGGCACGCCCGGCGACCCGUCGCCGACGCCGUCGCGCCGGAGCCUGAGCUACGGCGCGCUCCGGGCCCGGUCCGAGGCGAGCUUCCGCUCCGCGCCGACGGUCGCCGAGGACGAGUGCGCGUCGGAGAGCCGCGCGUCCGAGGCGCGCGAGGCGCCCGCGGCGCUCCUCCGGGACCUCGCGGACGCGCUCCGCGAGUCGCGCGCGCCGGGCCCGGCGCCCGAGGUCCACGUCACCGUCGCCGCGCCGCGCCUCGCGGACGUCGUCCUCGCCGCCGCCGUCGCGUCGGCCGUCUCCUGCGGCGUCUGCGCGACCUUUUUCUUCCUCGUCGUCGCGCCGAGGCUGUGA